GCUAGCUGGCCGGGACAGCCCCACCUCCUUUCUGCUUCUGUCCCUUCCCUCCCCGACCCUUUCCCCUUUCCCCUUGCCCCUCGUCUCGGCUCCCUCCGCCCGGCUGCCAGGCCCAUGUCAGCAGCGCCCCGCGGUGCCCGCAGCCCGCGCCCUGCUCCGCUGGAGCCAUGGGGCCCGCUGAGGAGCUGCUCCGGAUCGCCAAGAAACUGGAUAAGAUGGUGGCCAGGAAGAGCACGGAGGGGGUACUGGAUCUGCUCAAAUCCCUUACCGGCUACACCAUGACCAUCCAGCUGCUCCAGACCACACGGAUUGGAGUAGCUGUGAACUCAGUGAGGAAACAUUGCUCAGAUGAAGAGGUGGUGGCCUCAGCCAAACUUCUCAUCAAAAACUGGAAGCGGCUUCUGGAAUCCACCACCACAAAAAAAGAGAAGGAUGCAGAUAGGAAGAAGGAGAAGGACGCAGAUGGAGACAAGGAGAAGAAGGGGCUGGAUGUUUCCAGCUGCCCCAGUGAAGGGGUGAAGCACAGCAAGAAUACAGCUGAGAAGCACAGGGAGAAGCACAAGGAGAGGAAGCCCAGCAAGUGCAACUCUCAUGCCACCACCACCCAGGGCCACUCUGCCGAUUGCAGCCCAGAGAGAGAGUCCAGUGAUGGCCAGAGCCCCACUGCAUCCUCCAAGAAAUCACCCCUGGAUGGCAAGAAAGAGAGGAGAGCCUCUGCUGACUCCAGGUCCUCAACUGUCUCUUCCUCUUCCUCCUCACAGAAGAGACUGUCAGGGGAGAGGAGAGCCUCUGUGGGCACCAGCCUCUCUCCAGCUCCCAGCAGCUCCCAGAGGAACUCCAGUGACAGCAAGGAGGAAAGAGCCAACAGCAGCAAGGUCAAAGCCGAGGUGCCACGAAGCCCCACCAGCCCCUCCUUCUCUCCCAGCCCCUGCUUCCUGGCCCCCUGCUAUCUCACAGGGGACUCGGUGCGGGACAAGUGCAUCGAGAUGCUGACAGCUGCACUGCGCAUGGAUGAUGACUACAAGGAGUUCGGUGUCAACUGCGAGAAGAUGGCAUCGGAGAUUGAAGACCAUAUCUUCCAGGAGCUGAAGAGCACAGACAUGAAGUAUCGCAACCGGGUGCGGAGCAGGAUCAGCAACCUGAAGGACCCCAAGAACCCUGGUCUGCGGAGGAAUGUUCUGUGUGGGGCCAUUGAGCCCAGCCUCAUCGCCCGCAUGACUGCUGAGGAGAUGGCCAGCGAUGAGCUGAAGAAGCUGCGGAAUGCCAUGACCCAGGAGGCCAUCCGGGAGCACCAGAUGGCCAAGACAGGUGGCACCGUCACCGACCUCUUCCAGUGUGGCAAAUGCAAGAAGAAGAACUGCACGUACAACCAGGUGCAGACGCGCAGCGCUGACGAGCCCAUGACAACAUUCGUGCUGUGCAACGAGUGUGGGAACCGCUGGAAGUUCUGCUGAUGCUGCUGGCGAUUGGGCUGGAGGGAGCAUGGUGCAAGACAAGAUGCUGUGACACCACACUGGGCAGCUGGGUUGGGAAGGAGGGGUCAGGGUGGCACCAGUCCCUAAACCCCAGCUCCUUAUUUCCUUGCACUGGGCUCCCUCAAACAUCCUGGGGACCUGGCCUCCAGCAAUCAAGUUGACUCAAGAAGGUCCCUGUGAAUUCAAUGGUUCUUCCCUGCAAAUAUCUGCCCUUUGAUUGGGGUGUGCUGGGAUCCAACUGGGAACAGACACAUUCCUGGAAAGGGAGACUGGUACAACCUAGGCGGUAUGACCUUCCUUUAAAAAAAUUAGGAUUUUGAUGAUUUGGGGGCAGGAGAAGCAUUGCUCCAUGGACAUGGGGCUGUGCCUGGGAGCUGAGGGUGGCAGAGGGCCAGGUUUUAACCCAAACACCUUCUUCCUCACCUAAGUGCACACAGAAGGAGGGGAGAGACAUGGCAGGGACAGGGUGGGUGCAGGAUAUCCAGAUGCUGUUGGGAUGCCCCUGUGCCCCUCUGCUCUGUGACAAAUGGACCAUCCAUCCUGGCUUGAAGGCAGCGUGUCCCAGGAAAGAAGGAAGGAUGGCAGGGAGAGGAGUGAGGAAUAACCCUUCCAGCCAGAGUAAUAAAGGUGUGAACUAUCUCUGCAGCACAGACUGUUUCCUAA